CCAGUUCCCAUAUAGAAAAGCGCAUGACAUGUCCAACAAACACGCAAGCAAGUUUUCCAAUAGGUAAAGUUAAGGUUUUCAUUGCAAGUUUCCUGUUGAAGAGGCAAUAAUAAGAAAGAAGCUAACGGAAUCUUAACUCUCCAUCUUACAUAUUCUUCUUUUCAUCCAAACCCUUAAUUACACAGUGACUUCAACUUGGAGACAAUCAACCUUCACAAACAAGAAUUUUGUUUUUCUGUUCUAAAGGAUUAUGUACCUACCUUGACUUACAUCUAUAAAUACAUGAAACUGAAUUAAAAGCGAUUAAGGAAGAGAAAAUAAAUACUACUAUAGAAAAGUUUUAAUCAGUAAUAAUAUUAAUGGAGUUACAAGCACCAGAGAUUGUUUUCUUUGAUUUGGAAACUAACGUACCAAACAAAGUUGGACAAAGAUUCUCGGUCCUUGAAUUCGGUGCAAUUAUUGUAAGUGCUCAAAAACUCACCGAAAUUGAGAGCUAUUCAACAUUGAUAAGACCAAAAGAUCUAUCUGUUGUAUCAGUGAAAUCUAGCAGAUGUGAUGGAAUAACACGUGAAGCUGUGAAAAAUGCACCAUGUUUUGAGGAUGUUGCAGAGAGGAUAUUUAGUAUAUUGAAUGGAAGAGUUUGGGCUGGUCAUAACAUUCAGAGAUUUGAUUGUGUUCGUAUUAAAGAGGCUUUUGAUGAUAUUAAUAUGCCAGUACCUGUACCUGUUGGAAUCAUUGAUUCUUUGGGGGUACUAACUGAGAAAUUUGGUAGAAGAGCUGGUAAUAUGAAGAUGGCAACAUUGGCUUCUUAUUUUGGCUUGGGGCAACAGAAACAUAGCAGGAGCCUAGAUGAUGUUAGGAUGAAUUUGGAGGUCCUCAAGCAUUGUGCAACUGUGUUGUUUCUGGAAUCUAGUCUACCAAAUACAUUGGAUAGCAAAAGCAAAUGGUAUGGCUCUUCCAGCAUUAUGACAAGGAGCAAAACAAAUGGGAAAUCACCAUGCAGAGAAGAGACAAGCAGAAAAUCUCCACCAGCUUCAUUUUCAUAUCAAAGAAAUGUUCCCUAUGCUAGGGGAAGUUUGGGAAAGGUGACUGAAAGAAUGAAGGGAUUGUUGUGUAAAGCACAAGGACAAGCACCUCUACAACAACUAUUAAAGCAUUCUCAUUCAUUGCUUAGGUGAAGCAGAAUUACCAAGAUGACACUGCUCUCAGAAAAUUAUAGCAUAUUCUAUUUCUACCUAUUGAAGAUUACCUUAUGAAAGUGUUUGGUGAUUGAGAAGAGAAAAGGCCUCAGGUUUUGUUGAGUUGGCAGGUCGAAAGAAAGAUAUGCAUGCACAAGAUGGCAGCCCAAAUUCAUUUGUAUAUUGUAUAUAGAAUUCAUUCAUUAUUUCAAAUUCAUAAAUGAAAUCAAAAUGAAUAGUGAUCAAAUUAUUCUUGUCACAA